GCAUGUUUUAUUUUCAGGAACUUUAAUUUUCUGGCUGAGAAGUGAGUUUUUCUUAACCUGCAUCUUUUGUUUGCAGUGGUAUAUUUAGAACGCAGAGAUGUUAGAGCAGUUACUGAUAUUCACUAGAGGGGGCUUGAUCCUCUGGACAUGCAAAGAGCUUGGAAAUGCACUUAGAGGUUCUCCGAUUGACACAUUGAUUCGUUCGUGUCUUUUGGAGGAACGUUCAGGUGCUGCUUCAUACAACUAUGAUGUACCUGGAGCUGCGUACACUCUUAAAUGGACGUUUCACAAUGAUCUGGGGCUUGUGUUUGUUGCUGUGUAUCAGAAAAUUCUUCAUCUUUUGUAUGUGGAUGAAUUGCUUUCUAUGGUUAAGCAGGAAUUCUCAGAGAUUUAUGACCCCAAAAGGACUGUUUACAAUGAAUUUGACGAUGUAUUUCAGCAGCUCAGGAAGGAAGCUGAGGCCCGUGCUGAGGAAAUGAAGAAAUCAAAGCAGGUGAGCAAGCAUGCCAACAAUAAUCUUAUUAAGAAGCAAGGACAAGUGCAGAAGGGAAUUAUUAUGAAUGGAGGUAAUCAAAAAAAGAGUGGUGCUGAAUCAGGAAAGGAUGAUGGAGAUGGCAAUAAAGUAAAAAGUCGUGCCUUGGAAAAUGGGCAUACUAACAGUAGUAAUGGAAAUGGAGUAGUAGUGCAGGCUAAUGGUAAAGAGAAUAGAAGUUCUUCCGGUUCUGGGGCUUUUGAUGUAAAUAAGCUACAGAAGCUUAGGUCUAAAGGUGGGAAGAAAACCGAUACUACUGUUGUAAAGGAAUCCAAGGCAGAGCCUACAAAAAAGAUAAAGAAAAAUAGAGUCUGGGAUGAUAAACCUAAGGAGUCAAAAUUGGAUUUUACGGAUCCUAUGAGUGAGAACGGGCAUGAGAAUAUACCAGUUGCGGCAGCAGUUCAAGGUGAGAGUAUGAUGGAUAAAGAGGAGAUUUUCAGUAGUGAUAGUGAGACUGAGGAGGAUGAGGCGGAGCCAGGGAAAGACAGCAAAGUCGAGGCAAAGAAGAAAGGUUGGUUCUCGUCCAUGUUCCAGAGUAUUGCAGGAAAGGCCAAUUUGGACAAAGCUGACUUAGAACCAGCUUUAAAAGCUCUUAAGGACAGGCUGAUGACCAAGAAUGUGGCUGAGGAAAUUGCUGAAAAGCUUUGUGAGUCAGUGGCAGCAAGUCUGGAGGGUAAAAAGCUUGGCUCAUUUACAAGAAUUUCUUCGACUGUUCAGACAGCAAUGGAGGAGGCCCUUGUUCGCAUCUUAACUCCUAAACGCUCCAUUGAUAUCUUGAGGGAUGUUCAUGCCGCAAAGGAACAAGGGAAACCAUAUGUUGUGGUUUUUGUAGGAGUUAAUGGAGUUGGAAAAUCUACCAAUCUUGCUAAGGUUGCUUAUUGGCUUCAGCAGCACAAGGUCAAUGUAAUGAUGGCUGCUUGUGACACAUUCCGAUCAGGAGCUGUAGAGCAGCUACGUACUCAUGCACGCAGACUUCAGAUUCCCAUAUUUGAGAAGGGCUAUGAGAAGGAUCCAGCUAUUGUUGCCAAGGAAGCAAUCCAGGAGGCUAAUCGAAAUGGUUCAGAUGUUGUUCUUGUUGAUACCGCUGGUCGAAUGCAGGAUAAUGAGCCACUGAUGCGAGCUCUUUCAAAGCUUAUAUAUGUGAACAGUCCAGAUUUGAUCCUUUUCGUUGGUGAGGCGCUAGUCGGAAAUGAUGCUGUUGAUCAGUUGUCAAAAUUCAACCAGAAAUUAGGUGACCUUUCACCCUCACCAAAUCCAAGAUUGAUCGAUGGAAUUCUGCUUACGAAGUUUGACACCAUUGAUGAUAAGGUGGGAGCAGCGUUGUCCAUGGUUUACAUAUCUGGUGCCCCCGUCAUGUUUGUGGGAUGUGGUCAGUCUUACACAGACUUGAAGAAGCUGAAUACCAAGUCUAUUGUGAAAACACUCCUCAAAUGAGAGCAUAUAAAUCUCUCCACCUUUAGUUUGGCUUUUAAUGCUGAUUAAGAAGUUUGAACACUUUGUAUGUUGCUGCAGUUCUGUUUGUAACUUUGUAUACUCUCAACUGUGAUCUCUCACUAUUUUGAUCUUGAAGGUGAAUCAUUUGACUUUA